AUGCUUACCGAAGAGGAGAAGCGGCUUUACUAUGCGGUCCAAAAGGCUCAGCUCAACCGUAAUACUGCUACCAAAAUCCUCGAGUGGUAUCCUAUCAACGGGAAGCAACUUAUCGCAGGAUCUUUUAUCCGUGUUUUGAUUAAAUUGCCCUUAGAUUAUCAACCAGAGAACUAUGCCAUUGCCUGUGUGAAGGGUACAAUCGAGGGCCAGCGGUAUAGUGGAUUUUCUACCGACUCGAGGCAAGAAACCAAUAUUUAUAUACUGGCAGCCCUACCCCGUACCUUAGCAGAAGUCAAUGGAACUCAAUUUCAACUUAACACUGUUAGCAACAGUCGAAUGAACCCUGAUGAGUUUUCAGUGUGGCUUCAGCUCUCGCGUGAUGAAGGCGCGACGUUACCAUCUAUUACUGAUUUGAAUGUUACUGCUGAACGCUUACGUGCGUGUGAAAUUGCCCACCGGUCUCGCGUUGGUCUUCGACCAAUGCAGAUCCAUGGCAAUACUCAUAUGAAUAUCAACCCGAACCAUCACUCGAUCUUUCUGCAGCAAAAUAAUAACCAUCGCAACGAGCUGACUUCAGAACAUUUGCAGUCCAUACUUAGUAAUGCACAACGUCAAAGCAUGAUACUCCACCAGCAGCAAUACGGCCGGUCCUAUCUGGCGUCUAACGCAGGGACAUCUCUGUCCUUACCGACCACCAGUCAGUCCGUUAACCUGAUGACUGAUCUCUGCUCGCUGAACAGCAUCGCGAUGGGCGGUCACGACGUCGGCGCCCCAAGAAGCCCUGCGCACCGCGGCAGCGUGGUGGCCAGCGGCCACGAAUCUUCCCCACGUGCCCAUGCGGACGGCGGCAUCUGCCAUAAUGGGCUCUCCGGCCAGGCGGAUGCUUCCCAUAUUGCGGACCUCACCUCGUUGGUUCCAUCUAGUCACCUUGCGGCUUCAAUCCAUGCCAUACCCCCUGUUGUCUGCGGGGGCCAAUCGUACUCGCCGCUACAGCUUACUACCUUGCAGACCAAUACUACAUCUCAGGAGGAGAACGAGGACACCGCACUCGAGCGCGCCCUAAGACAGGGUAUUAUGAAUAACCUCCAGCAAACCUGUUCACUCUUUCCAAAGGUUACAAGUCGCUACAAACUCUCCCAGCUGCGGCUAGUCGAGCGCGACAUGAUCGAGUACCUUCAACAAGUACGGGAGGAGAUUUCAAGCAAGCAGGAAAAUUGUGUAGUAUGCAUGGACCACGUGCCAACGGUAAUUUUAUUACCAUGCCGCCAUAAAGUGAUGUGUCGCCUGUGUGCACCAAGCUGCGGGAACUGCCCGGUGUGCCGAUCUAUCAUCAAGGAAAUGUUUGAGACAACUGAGAUAUAA